GGCAACCCUCGGCAACCAUACAACAUAAGAUUUUCCAAAACAAACCGAUAAAAUAGGCUCAGGAAUAAGAUGCCUUGCUGGUAUUAUGACAAAAAGGAGCUACGUGAGACACCUUCGAUACUGGAUGGGGCUUCCUACGAGACAGAGCGGCGCUAUCGAAAGGAGGGCGCACGCUUCAUCAUGGAAUGCGGCACCAAAAUGGGGCUCGGCCACAACACAAUGGCCACCGGUGUCGUGUACUUCCACCGCUUCUACAUGUUUCACUCGUUCAAAAGCUUUCCACGCUACGUUACCGCCUGCUGUUGCCUGUUCCUCGCUGGCAAGGUGGAGGAGACGCCAAAGAAAUGUCGGGACAUUAUCAAAACGGCACGCGGCAUACUUAAUGACAAUUACUUCUACUCGUUUGGAGAUGAUCCCAAAGAGGAGGUAAUGACACUGGAGCGUAUCCUGUUGCAGACGAUCAAGUUUGAUCUGCAGGUGGAGCAUCCCUAUACGUUUCUGCUUAAGUAUGCCAAAUGCUUCAAGGGCGACCAACAGAAGCUACAGAAGAUGGUGCAAAUGGCCUGGAACUUUGUCAACGAUUCACUGAGUACGGUCGUCUGUCUGCAAUGGGAACCAGAGAUUAUAGCCGUUGCUCUGAUUCAUUUGGCCAGCAAGCUGAGCAAAUUUACGGUACUGGAUUGGCUGGGACGUCAGCCGCAGCAUCAGCGAUGGUGGGAUAUGUUUGUAUCGAAUGUUACCAUGGAGAUACUGGAGGAUAUCUGUCACCAGGUGCUCGAUCUUUAUCAGUCGACGCAAAAGGAAGGCCAGGAGCCCAACAGUCCGCCCCAAAAGCCACCCAGUCGUGCCGACAGUCCCACCACAAUCGUCAAAUCUCUGACCCUCAAUUCCAGUGUCGAGUGCCAACCGCCACCACCACCGCAAUCUAGUGGAAAUGGUGGUGAACUGAACAACAUACAGAGCAUCAAGUCACUGGCCAGCGCAAUUCCCGUUGUCUCCAUACCGCCGCCAAAUGAUGCGCUGCCUCUAACCGCACCGAAUGCUGUUGGCGCUCCACUGCCGCCCGGUAGCUUGAACAGUAAUGCGGCCAGCUAUCACAUGUACCAUGCACCGCCACCACCUCCGCCUCCCGUUGUGCCUAUGCCGCCGUAUGUGGCCAACGCCUGGGCACAGCAGCCGCCGCCUCCGACGCACUACACCACAGCUGCCCCGCCUCCACCCAUGCCGCCCAACAUGGGACCCGGGCCGGGACCAAUUGGCGGAGGAGCGCCGGGCUACUACAAUUCCGGACGCCAGCAGCAGCAGCAACGUUAUCAAUAAAUUGGCCUAAAACCUCAAAAAUGUUGUUGCAAUCAGUUGUCGAUUUAGUUAGGAGAAGGAAUCACGUCAAUAAUAAUUAAUAUUAAUAAAGCGUAAUUUUAUUAAAACAAAA